AUGAACUUUCUAAAACCGCUAAUAGCGAAAAGAUGUGCAAGCACGGGAGCUUAUCAAGGUCCAACUAAGAUAUCAUUACCAAGAAGACCCCUAAGGAAGAUCCGGGUGGGUCAUGCAAGACCAGCAAUAUAUCAUCAAUUUGAUGUAAUGGUAGAACUUAGUGAUGGUAGUGUUAUACGUCGAAAAUCUCAAUUCCCUAAGGAAGAGCUUCGACUAAUUCAAGACCAAAGGAAUAAUCCAUUAUGGAAUCAAAGUAGAAGUGAUCUUAUUGUUGUGGAUGCUAAUGCUGGGGGUAGUAUGGAUAGAUUUAAACAAAGGUAUAGUUCUAUUUUCACAGCAGAGGACGAAUCAGGUAAGAAAGCAACCGAGGAACAAGAGAAAGACGUAGAAAAAUCGUCAACUGACAAGAAGGCAGCAAAUAAAUCAAUAACAGAGCGUACGGAAGUAGAAGUAGAAGGAGAUAUUGUUACAGACUUCGCAGUUGAUGAUUAUCUAUCUAUUUUGGAUGAUAGUAGUACACAAGUUAAAACAGGUAGAUUGGCUUCGAAAAAGAAGACAAAGAAGAAAUAG